AUGACGACCCAACGACCACGACUCAACCUCCUCUCCAAACGACCACGACUCAACCUUCUCUCCAAGCGACCACGAUCCAACCUCCUCUCCGAACGACCACGACUCAACCUUCUCUCCAAGCGACCACGAUCCAACCUCCUCUCCAAACGACCACGACUCAACCUUCUCUCCAAGCGACCACGAUCCAACCUCCUCUCCAAACGACCACGACUCAACCUUCUCUCCAAGCGACCACGAUCCAACCUCCUCUCCAAACGACCACGACUCAACCUUCUCUCCAAGCGACCACGAUCCAACCUCCUCUCCAAACGACCACGACUCAAUCUUCUCUCCAAGCGACCACGAUCCAACCUCCUCUCCAAACGACCACGACUCAACCUUCUCUCCAAGCGACCACGAUCCAACCUCCUCUCCAAACGACCACGACUCAACCUUCUCUCCAAGCGACGACGAUCCAACCUCCUCUCCAAGCGACCACGAUCCAACCUCCUCUCCAAGCGACCACGGUCCAACCUCCUCUCCAAGGGAUGA